AUGGAAGUAAGUGAUGCCGAAGAGGAGAGAGAUUCUCCUACAGAAAGAACAGCAUUAGAGGCACCAGUUGUGGUUCCUCAAUACCUAAAAAGUGCCCCCGUGAAGAAAAUUCGGCAUCCGACAGACAGAAGAAUCGUACCAGUAGUUCUCAUCUCCACUUGCUUUGCAGUAGGGGGAUUAGCUUUUGGUUUACCUGUUGUAGCCAUCCUUACCGUAGCAGUUGUUGUAGCAUCCGUACUUCGAGUUGCUAUUGCCUCCUGCUGCGCUAGCCGUUUAGGAUAUGGCUUGCCUGGUUGCUCACGUUACCUAUCAGCAUCUGAUGCUUUCUGGUUGCACGACUUGAAUGCAUACGUAGCCCACUGUCUCUUUUUUGUCGAGCGAGGUUUAGAUGUACGGACAACUCGCCAGAUCCUUCAGAGCCGCGUCCUCGACAAGACAACGGAGAACGGAGAACGAGCUUUCGCCCGUUUCACGCAGAAAGUGGUGUCCGUAUCAGCGGGUUACUGCUGGGUGGACGACACGGAUUUCGACAUCGAGCAACAUGUGUUCGAAGAAGCACGUCGUGUGCGAACCAGGCAUCAGCUUCGGAACCUCAUUUCGCAACUUAUGAGCCAUGCUCCCUUGGCUCCAAACAGACCUCUGUGGGAAGUGCGAAUGGUGCGGGACUACGGAAUGGCACGUGACACUGUCCUCAUCGUCCGUGUCCACCAUGCGCUCAGCGAUGGCGUCGCUCUGGUGAAAGUGCUUGGCAAUUUCUUGGCCGAUCAUCCGCAGAUGCUGAGACUCAAACCACGCCAUGGAGGACUCAACUUCCCUCUGAACGUGUUUCGAGCUGCUGCUGUUGCUCCUCUCAGUCUGCUGGGAUGGUUGCUGUUCAGGCGCAGGGACUAUAACCCAGUUUCUCACCGUCAGCCUUUCACUUCGCGCCGGACCGUUGGUUGGUCGGCUGGAAUCCGGGCCGCUACAGUGGACCGGAUUCGACAAGUUGCCCGUUGCAGUGUCAAUGAUGUUCUCCUUGCGGCCGCUCGAGGAGCUCUGAGGGAUUACUUCAAACAUUGCGGUGUCCGCUGCCCACCUGAUGUAACAGUAAAUUUGCCACUGGACCUCCGUUAUGAGCCUGCUCACAUGGAAUCCUUCCCUGAGUUAGGGACAGGUUUUGCCCUUGUCAAUGCCCGCCUUCCCGUCCGAACAGAAGGCGCCAUUCCUGGACUCUGGGACGUGAGACACCGCAUGGAGCGCCUGAAGGCGUCUUGCGAUCCCGUAGUCAUGUAUGGCGCCCUGCACUACCUGUCCGCCCUGCUGCCCGCGUCCCUCUGCAGGUGGCUGCUCCGGGCUGCGCUGCGCUGCGCUAGCCUGCGCUUCUGCAGCCUCCAAGGGCCCGAGCGGCGACUGACGCUGGCGUCGCGUAGACUCAAGUCCGCCACGUUCUGGAUGGACGCCCAUCCAGAGGUGCCCGUCGCCUUCUGUGUUUUCUCUUAUGCCGGCAGCUUCUACGUCGGGGUGUCCGCAGACAGUGGAACCAUUGCUUCGCCCAAAGUGCUGGUGAAGGGAUUCACUUCUCACCUGGAGCGCUUGUACAGCAUCAUUGCCAAGCGAAAGAUUCCAGGACAAGAAAGACGAAGAAGUUCAUUCACAGCAGAGCGAAGAAGAGAAGAAAUCUUCAAGCCGUCGGUUAAAGAGAUCCAAGGCAAGCUGCACGCGGUCCAGGUGGAGCUGCACGAUCUGUCGCGCCAGUUGGAGUUGUCUCAGCUCCCAGGGUACGUUGCCCCGGAUCAGGCGCCAGCCCCGGCUUAUCGGCGCGCGCUGGCGCACAGGCUGGAAGAGCUUAAGGAGGAGUUCGUGGAGCUUAUCACGGAGCUCCGGAAAAGAAAGGCGCUCGCAGGAGGCGUUGCACUCGAUAUGGAAGAUUGUCCAUAUGACCCAGAUUUGGAUGGACCACUGCGAUGUGUCCGACCUAGUACUCGCCGUCCCAGCUUCAAUGCCCUGACAACCCUCUUGUCGACGUCACGACCUCUUCUCACCCAGUACGCACCAACAGCAGCUCAACAAGCUUUGUACCAUGUUCCAUCCGAUCCAGACAUGGAGGGCAGGGGCACUCCAGAGCAACAGAGAGCUCUCAUCGCCAGAAGCAAGGAGGACUGUUACGUUUCCCGAAACUCAGGCCUGUACAGAAGAGACCUCGCUAUCUGA